AUGUUGCCGGACAUACCAAGAAACGAAGAUCCAGUUAGUGAUCUUUCAACAAACGAUAAUAUAAUCUUGAUGGCUGACAACAUGCAAGAAUAUCCCGAAGAUAAUGGUGAUGAGUAUAAUGAAACAAGUACAUUGCUACAAUCUGAAAUAAGCAGUAUUACUGCGGGGGGUGAUGACAUUGCUAGUCAAGGAAUGACAAGAGAGUUGGAUAAUAAGAAAAAAGAAAAGCCAAAUAUUUGCACUUUAAAGAAUUUUAUCAGGCUAGUUUUGUUGGCGCUGUUUAUUGCACUUGUCGUUUUUCUUUUGGCUGUUCUUAAAGUCCAAAAUCAUAUCAAGGAAUACCUUCAUUACAUUGAAAUUCAUGAACGUUAUGGAAUUGCUAUAUAUUUAUCUAUCUAUAUUGUCUGUGUAUGGGUGUUCUUGCCGGGAUCAAUAAUAAGCAUAGCAGCAGGGUUCUUAUUUAAACCCCCAAUACUAGCAGGGCUAGUCAUUAUGAUGGGUGACGGUUUGGCAGCGACUGGUGCUUUUAUUUUUGGAAGAUAUGUCUUUUCAGAUUGGGUUAGGGCACAAAUUGAAAAAAAACCAUCAAUUGCCGAAUUUAAUCAUGUCAUUAAUAAUGUUAUUACCGAAGAAGGAUGGAAAAUUGUUCUAAUGCUACGACUGACUCCACUACCAUUUAAUUUGGUUAGUUACAUUUUCUCAGUUAGUAUAGUUGAUUUUUGGACCUUUUUGUGGGCAACCCUUCUUGGUGUUCUACCCGGUGCGUUUAAUGCGGUAUGGAUAGGAUCACUAGUCAAGAGUCUUAGUAAGCUUGAUGAAUAUAAAUUGAAAGAUGAAGAUAUUGUGAUUAUCACCAUGAAUUUUAUCUUUGUUGGAUGUUGUGUGGUUGCAUUAUCAUUAUUUGGAAAACGAUCUCUACGAAAGGCUAUGUUGAAACUCCGAGAGUCAAAAGAAUCUGAAAACCCUCCUGCUUUACCUUCAGUACCGCAUCCAGCGGUUGAUGUAGAAGAGGCGCAUCCUUUAGAUUCUAAUGCUGGUCGAUUUACACGAGGAGAACGAAUUACUCUCUAUACUAUCGGUGUGAUAACCAUUCUUAACAUUGUGAUUAGCGUGUCGCUUUAUUAUUAUUUCAAAUCGCGUAACAACAAUGGUCAUGA